CCGGACAACGAGGAGGGGAAGCACGGCGUCGAGGGACUGGCCACGCUGUUCUACAUGGUGCACUGCGGGAAAGCCUUGUACAACAACCUCCUGUGGAGGAACUGGUCUGUGGGCGCCUUGUCCAAAAUGGUCAUCAUCGGGAACAGCUUCAAAGGGAUCGAGGAAAGGGUACUGUUUGACGCUGGGUGAAAAAAAACCAGGAUACUGGAGAGAGACUAUUCUUACAUAGCAAAGGUUUUGAAAGGGACGGAGGAAUUAGCGCUCCCUACUCACCCUCGGUACUCGGACACCUUUAACGACACCUCCAUCCACUGGUUUCCCUUGGGAAAACUGAAGGAACUGUCCCCUGAGGUCUGGGACUCUGUGGAGGAGCCGACGUACCAGGAGUGUGACGACUUGGAGAUCAUCCGAAAGCAGGACAGAGCUGACCAGCGCAGUGCCGCUGCCUCAGAGUCCUGA